UAGUCCAAAAAUAAACCUGUGAGCGUAACGUCGCAUUCACAAACAGCUUUCUAAAAUGUAUUACACCACGCUAACGGGAAUUUUGACUUUAAUAUUAUUAUUUGUGUUGUAUCUUAAAAGGCGAAAUGAUUAUUGGAAAAAUCGGAAAGUUCCAUUUGAAAAAGCAAAUCUUUUAGUGGGAAAUAUGUGGGAAACUAUAUCUAUCAGUAAAAACGCCGCUGAUGUUUACGACUAUGUAUACAAAAAAUUUGAUGAUGCUAAGUAUGUUGGUGUUAUGAAUUUUGGAAUACCUACUUUAUUGGUGAAAGACCCCGAAAUUUAUGAACGAAUAUUAAUAAGAGAUUUCUCAAAAUUUCAUGAUAAUGGAAUUUAUCUCGAUGAGAAGAGAGAUCCCAUAUUAUCAAAGAACCCAUUUUUUGCCAAAGGAGAAAAUUGGAAACUAUUGCGAAAUCAACUUACACCGCAACUUAGCCCGCUUAAGAUUAAAAAUAUGUUCCCACUGAUGAUUGAUGUAAAAGAUAGACUUGUAAAGUAUCUAAGAGAAAACGCGAAUGCUCAAGAAAAGGAAGGCCUCGAUGCAAAACUUCUAUCUUUAAAAUAUGCGAAUGAAAUGGUAGCUAGUUGUGCUUUUGGUCUACAUGGAAAUUGUUUCAAUGAUGAUAAAUGUGAAAUUAUGCAAUUAGCCAAUGAUCUUUUUAACUUCAAGCCUGCAGAUUUUAUCAUAUUUAUCUUUGCGACAAUGUUCCCAAUAAUAAAUAAAUUUCGAGCUCCACAAUUUUUAAGUUCGGAGAUAGCACAACGAUUUAAAAAUAUUAUAGUAUCCACCAUAAAAGAAAGAAACGACAUGAAUAUACGAAGAGGAGACUUUUUAGAUGCCAUUCUUGAAUUGCGAAAAAAAACUACAUCAUUUGAGUACACUGAAGAUCACAUGACUGCUCAUGCCACAUCGUUCUUCAUUGAUGGAUCAGCUACCACAUCUGGUGCUCUAACUUACAUUUUAUACGAACUAGCAAGAAAUAAAGACGUCCAGGAGAAAUUGAGAAAUGAAUUUAAGACGGUUUUAGAAGAAAAUGAUAAUCAAAUGACUUUUGAUGCAUUAAAUGAAAUUGAGUACUUAGAAAUGAUUUUACACGAAAGUCUAAGGAUGCAUGCACCACAAUUAUACUUGGUUAAAGAGUGUACUGAAACAACUACCUUACCUCCAGCUUUACCUGGUGCUCCCGAAGUCGUCAUUGAAAAAGGAACUAAUAUUACAAUACCAGUUUAUUCUUUGCAUAAGGAUGCCAAAUAUUUUGAAAAUCCCGAGGAAUUUAUUCCAGAAAGAUUUUUACCAGAAGCGGUUUCAUCUCGACCUAAAGCAACUUAUAUGGCAUUUGGUGAUGGUCCUAGAGUUUGUAUAGGACGGCGAUUUGCUUCGGCGGUAAUAAAGGUUGCUACAUUUGGCAUUGUAAUGAACUUUAACAUUGAAGUUAAUGAUAAGACUCCACAAAAAUUAGAGCUGGAUUCAUUACCAUUUCUAUAUGCAACCAAAGGAGGAAUAUGGUUAAACUUUUUGGAGCAGGGAUUUCGUGAAAUGUAUACUACAUUGGUAGGAUUAUUUACGUUAUUGUUGAUUUUCUUUUUAUACUUAAAAAAAAGAAAUGAAUACUGGAAAAAUAGGAAAGUGCCAUAUAGGAAGGCCAAUUUAUUAGUUGGGAAUAUGUGGGAAUCUUUAUUGGCUCGAAAAAAUGUUUGUGAGGUUUACGAUGAUUUAUACAAAGAAUUCGAUAACGCCAAAUAUUGUGGGGUUAUGAACAUUGGUACGCCGACUUUAAUGGUUAAAGAGCCGGAGUUACUCGAAAGAAUAUUAAUAAAAGAUUUUUCAAAGUUUCACGAUAAUGGAGUUGUCGUAGAUGAAAAGAAAGAUGCGAUUCUUUCAAAAAAUCCAUUCGUGGCUAAAGGAGAAACAUGGAAAAAUUUGCGCAAUCAGCUUACACCGCAAUUUAGCCCGUUAAAGAUCAAAAACAUGUAUCCAUUAAUGGUCGAAGUAAAGAACCGAUUACUUAACUAUAUUAAAGAAGAACCGAAUUCUCAAAAAGGAGAUGGUUUAGAUGCAAAAGAUCUAACUUUAAGAUACACCAACGAAAUAGUUGCUAGUUGCGGUUUUGGAUUAUAUGGAAAUUGUUUCAAUACUGGAAAAUCUGAAAUUGUUGAACUAAGUAAAGGGAUAUUUAUAACAAACACAUUUAGCAUAAUCACUUCAAUACUAACAUUUAUGUUUCCAAUUAUAUUAAAAGUCUAUAUUCCCCGUGCUUUAUCCUCAAAAGUUAUGAAUAAAUUUAAAGAAAUGAUUUUGACAACUAUGAAAGAGAGGAAAGAAAAGAAUAUAAGAAGGGGAGACUUUUUGGAUGGGAUAAUGGAGAUAAAAGAGAAAAGUAAAUCGUUUGAAUACACUGAAGAUCAUAUGACUGCUCAUUCCACAUCUUUCUUUAUUGAUGGUACAUUAACAACAGCUGGUGUUUUAGAAUACGUUUUAUACGAAUUAGCUAGAAAUAAAGGUGCCCAAGAUAAACUAAGACAAGUCUUAACAGAAAGUUUAGAACAAAAUAAUGGUGAAAUGACCCACGAUGUUUUACAAGGAAUUGAAUAUCUAAACAUGAUUUUAAAUGAAUCACUAAGAAUGCAUUCACCUGUUUUGUUUUUAUUAAAAACAUGUACCAAAACCACAAUUUUACCACCACCAAUUGAUGGUUACCCCGAAGUGACAAUAGAAAAAGGAACAAACAUUACAAUACCAGUUUACUCAAUACAUAAAGACCCUAAAUAUUUUGAAAACCCAAAUGAAUUUAUCCCAGAACGAUUUUCAAUAGAAGCUAAAUCAUCAAUCCCUAAAAUUAGUUAUUUAGCCUUUGGGGAAGGUCCUCGAAUUUGUUUAGGACGACGAUUUAGUAUCGUUGCAUUAAAAGUUGCCCUAUAUGGAAUAAUAACCAACUUUAAAAUUGAAGUGUCUGAAAAAACACCAAAAAAGCUCGAAUUAGACCCAAUUCAAUUUAUGUACACAACAAAAGGAGGUAUAUGGUUAAAUUUCCGCCCAAUCAAUUAAAACAUUUUACGUUAUUUUCGUUUUAUUUGUAACAAUAAAAUUAUAUCAACUUAGUUAACAUACAAAUAUAUACAUCUAUAAAACUUAAA